ACCUAGACUCUCGGCUCUCGUACUCGCGCUCUUUCUUUUAUCGUCCCACACUCUCGUCUAGCCUUUCUUCGCGACUGACACGCAUGAUCUGGCGGUUUCUUCAGCCUCCCGUCUCCUUCGCCGUUACCGCAGCGUGAAGCUGUCCCGGCGACGAGCACAGUAGCAACCUUCACUACAUAUUCUCUUAUGCUCUUCUCUCUCAUCUUCGAUUUGUAGAUUUUGUUUUCAUAGCCAUCGCCAUGAGUUUGCUUGAAGUGAUCACAAAUGCUUCGGUGAAUCGAGAGUCACUCAAUUCUCAGUCAGACUACCCAAUUAUUCUCAACCCAGAUGAUAUUUUCGUCAACUUGAAGCCAAAGCUUGAAAACCCAAAUCCCAGUUUUAUUGUUAACCCUGUUACUGGAUGGGAGGUCUCAAAAACUGAUGCUGAACUCAUUGAUUCCAGCAAAAGAUUCUUUACUAAGCUAAAGAAAAAGCUUAAGGACACCAACAGCUUCAAUAAGGAUGAGUUUAUUAGUAUUUUCAACCCCUUUCUUGAGAAAAUUGGGAAGAAAGUUGGGAUUUCAAUUGGGAUUGAUCCGUCAGAUGGUGGAUACACUCGUGUUCUUGUUGAGAAGAUUGGAUUUUUGAUAAGUAGGGAUGUUGCUGGUUUGGUUUUGCAAGCUUGUGUUAAUUUGGAGAUUUUGGAACUGUUGGAGAUAUUGAUCGUUAAUGGACUUGUUGAGCAUUCAUGCUAUCCGAAUUUGGUUAAAUCUCUUGUGAAUAAGAGGAGAUCCGAUUUGCUUUGCCAUUGCAUCAAGCAUGCUUCUGAUCUUGGGUCAUCCGAGUUACUUAGCAUAUUGAAGUAUUUUCUUUGCCCACCAGCAGAUGCUUUUAGCUCAAUGGUUAAGGUGAGGGAAGAGUGGGGUAGUCAGGCAUUGUUAGCCAUUGAGAAGGCAAGUGACAAGAGUUUGCCAUGGAAGAAGUCCUCAAUGGCGAAGGAGGCUGCAAUAUUGCUAAUGAUUGCCCAUGAUAAAUUUUCAACUUCUGAGCUUUGCCUGCAUUAUCUAUUAUCAUCUGUGAAUGCUGAUGAAGUAGUGUUAUCUUCUGCCAUCAGUAAGUUGAAUGGCAAGGAGAUGAUGAAUCUGAUUCGGUAUUUGGGUAAAUGGUUGAAGAAAUACGAGAAAUUUCCUCAAGCUGGUCCUUGUCCUAAGGCUGCGUCAAUGUUUGGCUUGAGGAUUUGUGAUUGGGUGCCGAAACUCGAAGAUGUUGUCAAAUGUCUAGGAAUUGUCAUAGAUGAGAACUUUUCUUCAUUGAUGUUGCAGCAAGAAUUCCUUGAAGAGUUUAAGAUCAUAGCCGGAGUGGUUAGUUCUUUAGUAUCGGAAGCAAAAUUUUGUUGUGUUAUGGCAAAUGUAGCUGAGAGGUUGAGAAUUGGAAGUAUGUAGGAUUUGAAAUCGUCCAAAGUUUCUCUAUUGGCACUUAUUAAUGUCAUUUUACGAAUUUGAGUAUGAUCCUUAUCUGAAUAUCUUUUUAUA